CUAUAGUGGUGCUGACUUUGCUGUACAGAGCAGCAGCGUUCGAUAAAUUAACGCGCAAUUUCACAGCUGGCUCCUUCUAUAGAAUCUAGAAAAGACUGACGAAGGUCUCAGGUGUUUCCCCGCCCCGUGACUGGAGAGGCGCACAGCAGCUAGCUCAGGCCCAGCCAGGCAUGGAUCAGGAGAACGACAGCUAUGUUUACUACUACGAUGAGACAGAUGGCAACAACUGCCAGGUGGAGCUAGGGGCGGCACUGCCACCUGUGCGCUCGGCCUUCUACUGCCUGGUCAUGGUGGUGGGAGUGCCGGCAAACAUGGCUCUGCUGCUGGCACUGUGGGCCAGGCACCGGGGAGCUGGCAAGCCGGGCUCUUCAGGGCAGCGCCGCUCCUGGACAAACAGCGAGAUUCUGGCUGCAAACUUGGCUGUUUCUGACCUGCUGUUCCUGGGUUCACUGCCGAUCUGGAUCUACACUGAUCUGAGCAGCAUGGAGUGGAGAGGAGGGGCAGCUAGCUGUAAGGCAGUUCCCUACAUCACCGCCCUGAACAUGUACGUGGUUGUUUGGCUCGUGACCUUCAUGAGCAUUGACAGAUACCUGGCCGUAGUGUGCCAAAGUCUCUACCGUCAAAUCAAGCGGCGCCCCCUGGUUGUGUGGGGUUGUGCGCUGACCUGGCUGACAUCUGCCCUGUUAGCGCUGCCCGUCUUGCGCUCACGGCUGCUGGAGCAUGACGAGGAAAGCGGCAGCUCCUACUGCCGGGAAACGGAGAUUUCGCCGGAGCUUCGCCUCUGUCUGAUCCUGUUCAACUUCUUCCUCCCACUGUCUGUCACUGUUUUUUGCUACGGCUCCCUGAUCCGCGUGUUGUCCCGGCACUCUCAAGGCCUCACCCAUGAUCCUGCCCCUGGUCCUGGCCCCGCCCCACCGGGCCGCUCUGUACGGCGCUCCAUGCGGGUCGUGCUUUGGGUAGUCACAGCCUUCAUUCUCUCCUGGCUCCCUUUCAACACCUUCCGCUUGCUGAGGGUUGUGGGCCUCAGUCUAACCCCUGGGAGUGAUGCCUCCUGCUGGCUGCAAUGGGUGGCGGCGCAGGGUAUAGAGUGGACUGCCCCCCUGGCAUUCGCGAACAGCUGCGUAAACCCCCUGGUUUUUGGGGCUGUGAGCCAUACGCUACUGUGCUGGGAUCCGGCUGCCCGCCUUCUUGGCCUCAGGAGCCGAGUCGGGGGGCAGUCAGGGGCUAGCUCCCAUACCAGCCCCAGCUCCUGGGAAGGGCGGAGUGAUAGAGGGUGAGACAGGGUGAAAGAGGAGUGAGAAAGGGUGAGAGGAGUGAGAGAGGACGAAAAGUGAAGAAAGAUAGGAGAUUUUGAAAAGGCAGAAGACAAAUGUGAAUAUUUUAUUUUCUUAUUUCAUUCUUUUUCAAUAAGUCAAACGGGACCUGAAAUAACCUGAAGUACGGCUAUUUUGCAACCUGUUCUUAUGUACAGAGCUGAUAGAAUAAAUAUUCCCCCACUGUAA